GUGGAAUAAUAUCUGCAAUUGUAAUAUCAGAAAUAUUUUUAAUAAUAAUAAUAUUACUGAACAAAAAGCGCAGAAAACCAGUUGGAGGGGCCAUCGGCGUAGACCAACUAAUGAUAGAUGA